AUGUUCAAUCUCGUGGCUCGUGGCCAAGCCGUGGCCAACCAGGCGCUUACUGCAUCUUUAGUCGCCAGCGCCAUCAUUGCACUUGUGUCUAUUGUUCAAUUAUAUCUCGGUGGGGCAUGGAGCAUUGAUACCACCGCCAUCUCCAACAUCAACGCCAGCGCGUCACUUAAAAACUCCCGUAUGUACGGAUCUAGUGGCAAGCCCAAGGAGAAUUCAAAGAUUUCCUUUGAUUUGGACGCCGACUUGUCGUCGCUCUUCAAUUGGAAUACCAAGCAGGUGUUUGUCUAUUUGACGGCAGAGUACCCUGGCAAAACGGACGAUUCUUCUAACAAAGUCACGUACUGGGACAAGAUCAUUACGAAUGCGAAGGAUGCGAAGAUCGCUGUUAGAAACGCAAAGUCCAAGUACUCUGUGUGGGAUGUGGAGAAGUCGUUUAGAGGAAGAAAUGCCACGUUGAGAUUGGAGUGGAACGUUCAGCCUUGGGUUGGUCCAUUGUUGUUUGGCCUGACCGAGACAGAGACGACGUUCCAGUUUGCGGAGAAGGAACCCAAGAAUAAGCGGACUUGA